AUGGCCACCGAAAAGCCCAUCAACUUUGUAUUCACCCUAACCACACUCACAGUACUACUCAUCCUCUCCCUGUCGAUAAUCCCAUCCCGAGCCCAGCUGUCCCCGACUUUCUAUGCCCGCACAUGUCCCAAUGUGCUGCGUACAAUCCGUGGUUCCAUCUGGAGGGCCGUGGCUCGUGAGCGCCGCAUGGCGGCCUCACUCAUCCGCCUCCACUUUCACGACUGCUUCGUGCAGGGCUGUGAUGGUUCCGUGUUGCUGGAUGAUGGGCCCACGAUCCAGAGCGAGAAGUCGGCUGUCCCUAACCUCAACUCCGCAAGAGGGUUUGAUGUGAUUGAGGCCGCCAAGAGAGAUGUCGAGCGAACGUGCCCAGGUGUCGUCUCGUGUGCCGACAUUCUGGCUGUGGCCGCGCGUGAUGCCUCUGUGGCAGUGGGUGGGCCGUCAUGGAAUGUGAAGCUCGGGAGAAGGGACUCUACCACAGCUAACCGUGAUGCGGCGAACCGUGAACUACCGAGCCCAUUUUCCAGCCUUCAAGGCCUAAUCACUUCUUUUUCCGACAAGGGCCUCAGUGAAAGAGAUAUGGUCGCCCUCUCUGGAUCACACACGAUCGGGCAGGCCCAGUGCUUCCUGUUCCGCAGCAGGAUCUACAGCAACGGCACGGACGUCGAUCCACUCUUUGCCCGUCUGAGGAGUCGGACGUGCCCUCAGACGGGUGGGGACAGCAACCUUUCCCCGCUCGACUUCGUAACUCCCAACAGGCUCGACAACAACUACUUUACGAACCUUCGUCAAAGGAGGGGUCUCCUUCAGUCGGACCAAGUCCUUUUUAGCGGGGGCUCCACAGACAGUCUCGUCUUCAACUACAGCAGAAAUCCCCACCUGUUCGCCUCCGAUUUCGCUAAUGCCAUGCUCAAGAUGUCCGAGAUUCAGCCCUUGCUCGGGUCCAAUGGGAUCAUAAGGAGGGUUUGUAGCGCCACUAACUAA